AUGGAGGCGAUGAAAAUCAUCCACCCGGAGAAGUUUUCGGAGCUGCAGGCCUCACAGCCGCGCUAUGCACCAGCCCCACGCCGUGAGCCACCCCUCGUGGCCAAGCGUGCGUGGCCCUCCGAGUCCGAGAUCAUCGUCAACCAGGCAUGUGGGGACAUCCCUGCCUUGGAUGCCACCCCCGGCCCCCUGCCGCUGCCCCGGACUCCCCCCCUGCCGCCGCGAGAGCGCGCGUACCAGAGCCAGCGGAAGGGCAGCUCGGAGGUCUGCUACCACCGGCAGCCGCCGUCGGAUGAGGUGAUCGUCAACCAGUACGUGCUGCACCCUUCGACCCCCUGCGAGCCCCUCGAGUGCCCCACCUGCGGCCACAUGUACAACUUCACCAACAAGCGGCCCCGCAUCCUCUCCUGCCUGCACUCAGUGUGCGAGGAGUGCCUGCAGAUCCUCUACGAGUCCUGCCCCAAGUACAAGUUCAUCUCCUGCCCCACCUGCAAGCGGGAGACCGUCCUCUUCACCGACUACGGGCUGGCGGCGCUGGCCGUCAACACCAGUAUCCUCAACAGACUGCCGGCCGAGGCUCUGGCCGCCAACCCCGUCCAGUGGAGCAGCGACACCGACCGCAGCUGCUACCAGACCUUUCGCCAGUACUGCGGGGCUGCCUGCACCUGCCACAUCCGAAACCCGCUGUCUUCCUGCACCAUCAUGUGA